GGCAUUCUCUUACCAGGCUAGGCUACCAUACCCACGCCACCAUUCUGCUCCAAUCGUCCAUCCAUCUAAUCCUUCCUUUACCUUCCUCAAUUUUUUCAAUCUCUAACUGAACUCUUUCUCUCUUCUCGCUGCCUUCUUCGGACUCUCUUGCUGCAACUUUCAUGCCGAUUUCCUUCUCCACCCUUUAAUUUCUUCGGAUACUAACUAACUUGUUUUUUAUUGCUUCCCUAGGAUGCUGGUUAAAUCAUUCUUUUCUCCCCCGUUGACGUUUGAUUCUCAAGCUCGGUUUUGCUCUAAUGUUGGUUCAGCCUCAUUAGCAACCAGAAAGCUCGUUAUCAACGCAAAUCCUUUUAUCCAUGUAUCUGUGGAUGUCCUCCAUGGAUAUGGGAUAAUUGCUUCCACAUAUAGGAAUUGGAAGUUGCACUCUACUGUUCCAUCUGAGUGUGCAAUUAUUGAUAAUGAAUACAGCAAGGCUUGGGAAUCUUGUAAACAAGCCCUCUCCACAUUUGGCUUUGAUAGUGCUGAAGAAGAUAAAAUUCUGGGCAAGGCAUUUGGUCAAAUCCAUUCUCCUUACUGGGGUGAAGAGCGAAAGAAAGAAGCACCAACGUUGGAGGCAGUGAGUGAAAUCCUAAGUUAUCUUAAGGAAUUAGGUCUCACGGAUGAAGAUAUUAGCAAACUUCUCAAGAAAUUCCCAGAGGUACUUGGGUGCAGCCUCGAAAAUGAACUUAGAACAAAUGUCCAGAUCUUGGAAAAAGAAUGGAGUAUCAAAGGAAAGACACUUAGAAACCUGCUCCUUCGCAAUCCCAGAGUAUUGGGUUAUAAUAUUGAUUGUAAGGGAGAUUGUAUGGCACAAUGCACACGAUGCUGGGCUCGCUUCUAAGUUCUUCCAUGGCACAAAUGAUUUAUUCAUUCCUAAAUUCCUAUUAUGUUGCAUGUAUGUAGGCAUUCUUGGCCAGGUUUUAUGGAAUUUUUGUUCUUUGCUUAGUUCAUGUAUACUAUGCCAUGCUACACGAAGAACAGGUUGUACAUUGAUAGAAGAUAUUCACUCUAGAUUGAUUUCUAUAGUUUUAUUUACACUUGGCAUUUGCCACCAGUGGAUUUGUCCA